UCAGCUUUCGCACAACUGUCUCCUACUUCACAGAAUCAAGGUUCUACCAUCAUUACACCCAAGACUACGAUCAGGCCCAACCUUACGUCACUAUUGAAGGUUCUUUUCGAUUCAUCUAAAGAGCUUCCUUCCGGCUCUGGUCUAGACUCCACGUACAACUUUGGUAUACAUAGCUUCAUCCAAGACCUCCUGAACGCCGGUCAAUAUUGCCCCCUUACGCUCUUCACCAAUCUCAAUACCGAACACCUUCAUCGCGAAGGUCAUUCUCUCAAGCGAUCCAAAAUUCACGUGGACGGCACAUCACAUCAUCUCCUCGACCUCUCCCAAUUCGACAAUGAGCUGGAGCUUGACCCACUUUCGUGGCAAGAGGCCUACCAGCGUUAUCUCACUUGGAUCAAAGACAUCGGUGACCCUUCCUCCCACAAGCACUGGACGGAUCACUUCACUACGCUGUCCAAGGAUGACGCAGUACGAAAGAAUUUCCGCGCCAUCAUCGAGUUUGAUGUGGAA